AUGGAUAUCAGGCUGGUGGUGUUGAGCAUUUUACUGGUUGCAGUAAGUAGGCGCUUGCACAGGAGACUCUGCCCGAAAUCCCGCUAUUUAUCAGUGACGUCUUCUGACAUAACAACACUAAAGGAGCUGCAACACGAUCAUGAGAAGAACAUGUCUACCAACGCAAUGAGAUGCUACAGAAGAAUGCUGAGACACAAACCAUCUGUAUGUGACCUUACGCAGAGGGAUCGUCUCAUCCUGACCCUGGAGCGGGUGUCACUAACAGUUGAGGUUCUAACGAAUAUUUCUGUGUCUGCUCAGAAUGAAUCUGUAAAACAGGCACUUAUGGUUUUCCUCAAACUGAAAGAUGAUCUGAUGGUCUGUAGAGGAUCUCCAGAAUACAAUGAGCCCACCUCACCCGAGCUGAAGCUGUGGCUACAUCACCUCCAGCAUUUUAAGGAGGCAGCAUCUCCAGAUUGUGUCCAGGAGGCUGUAAUACUUAGUCUUAUCCCUCUGAGAGUGGAAGAUGUGACAUGUUGGGCUCUCAACCACUAAACUCCCUACUGUAAGCACAGAUACGUUUCUAAUGCUUUAUCUGAACAUGUUA